AUGUGUAAGAAGAAGCCAUACUUGUUAUCAUCCAUCCGGGAGGGAGCCAGACUAGGAAUUCAAGAGUGUAGGAACCAAUUCAAACAUGAAAGAUGGAACUGCUCUAUUUCACCAGCUCUAUAUACUUCAUUAGCAUCAGCCCAUUCAAUCUUUGGCUAUGAGUUAACAAGUGGUACCAAGGAGACGGCAUUCAUCUCGGCAGUGACAGCAGCAGGUCUGGUGCAUUCUGUGACCCGGUCGUGCAGUGCUGGCAAUAUGACAGAAUGCUCGUGUGACACAAGUCUUCAGAACGGUGGCUCAGCCAGUGAAGGCUGGCACUGGGGAGGAUGCUCAGAUGAUCUUCAGUAUGGAAUGUGGUUCAGCAGGAAAUUCCUGGAUGCCCCUUAUAAAAACUCUUCUGAGUCUGAUAUACUUAGUGCAAUGCACCUACAUAAUAAUGAAGCUGGGAGACUGGCAGUGGCUAAGCUUAUGACUGUGGAUUGUCGCUGUCAUGGAGUCUCUGGGUCCUGUGCUGUAAAAACAUGCUGGAAAUCCAUGUCUUCAUUUGAAAAGAUUGGCAGUUACUUGAAGGAUAAAUAUGAGAACGGCAUUCAGAUAUCCGACAGACUGAAACGAAAGGUUCGAAGGAAAGAGAAGAAUCAUCGAAAGAUUCCCAUCAGAAAAGAGGAUCUUGUGUAUACCAAUCGUUCCCCAAACUACUGCGUGGAAGACCGGAAAUUGGGCAUUUCAGGAACUCAUGGGAGGGAAUGUAAUCGUACUUCUGAGGGACCGGAUGGCUGUAAUCUACUCUGCUGUGGACGAGGAUAUAACACACAUGUAGUUAGACAUGUGGAAAGAUGUGAGUGUAAAUUUGUGUGGUGCUGCUAUGUGCGCUGUAGACGAUGUGAGAGUAUGACAGAUGUCCAUACCUGUAAAUAA